AUGCCAACCUCUCCACCUCGCGUCAUUACAGCUGAGAAUCCCUUGAGGGGUAAGGUGUCGGAAUAUGUUAUUCCAAGAGUUCGACGUGGUCUCCGUGCUGGAUUUCAGCAUUUGACCGUGCGGAACCAGAUGCAUGGUAUGACGACUGUGUUAUUCGACCUUGGAGAGCACGCGAAGGUCAUCGACUACUUCAAGCCUGACACGGCAUAUUUUGCCCUCAAUCUUCCAGGUGGCACUAGUUGGAAUCGCGCCCCUAGAGAUAUCAAGCCGUCUUGGAAAUGGAACACAGGCAUGGCAACGGAUCCCAAGCCUGCUUUACGUAGGGAGUACUGCCAAGCACUUAGUCAAGUCAAUUGGUACAUGAAGCAGCAUCACUCACGAUACGGGUUUCUUCUUACCGAUCGAGAGCUGGUUGUAUUCCGACGCUUAGAUGACCAAGGCUACCUGGAGCUUGCCCUACCUAUCCCUUUCACUGCAGGUGGAAGCGCUUCGCAACCACGACUUACGGUCCUAUUGGCACUGUGGUACGUGGGAAUGCUCGCUGCGAACAAUCAAGGGGAUGGCCGUUGGGAUAUGUAG